AUGGACAGCUCACCAGCCUCGUCUCCUGUUAAAUCAAAUAGUCCGCCUUUAUCUCCUGCUCGAAUGAGCAGUCCCACUGUUCUGUCUUCUCCUGACUGCCCUAGUCCGACUCUCUGUAAUUCAAGCCAACGAUCAGGCUCUUCAAUUACGAUGAAUACAGAUUUACAUGCCUCAUAUCUAAGCCUUUCAGAGGAUGGCAAACCUACGCCUUCUGAAGCGAAAGAGAGCACAUUUGUUACACAUGACAAAACAUCAAAGUCUCGGACAUCAAGGAAACAUUUUCCAUACCCCCCCAAUCCAGCUCCAUUGGAGCUUCGUUAUGCAGCUCGGAUGAUGAAGUCCAAAUUCCAACCAGAAUUCUCGUUGGAAGCAACACAGAAGUUUCAAGAACAGUUGGAGAGCGGCCUUUCUCAAAUGAUGACUGCAACCUUGUACAAAGGAUACAAGGCCAAGCUCGCAAGUCGCGAGGUUGCGCGCCAACAGCAUGGUGUUGGCGACGCGGAACUUGAGGAUGAUAGAAAAUAUCUUCAAGCUGUCUUUGAAGACGAAUGCGAGAUCCUCCGCGUCGCUAGUGCCCAAACUGACCAGGUUGCAACCCUCCUCAAUUCACGUGUUAAACAUGCAUUUUUGAAACCUGCUGCGGCAUUUCCUCUUCACCCCUAA